CAGGUCUCAUCAGCAACAUCAGCAGCAGCAGCAGCAUCCGUCCAUCAACACACCCGGGCGAAAUGACGCGGCGCGCAUCACUGGCCCGCGCACAGGGCGCCGCCAGCAUCCACGAACAAACUUCACCGGGAUACUGCAAGGCGCCGUCGACGGAAGAGCGGAGGAUAGAUCUGUCCUGAAGAAUCCAUGUAAUUGUGCCGUUACAAGGUGUCAGUCCUCACCCAUGUCCCUCUCAGCAAACCGAAGGCCAUCUGCUGGUUCCCGCAGAAGGCCUGCUCCCCCAAGCAGCACUCGACACUCGCAUGGAGACUCGUCUGUCCGUAGCAGUUACUCAACAGCAUCCUGCAAGUGCACAGAGAGCAAUACUGUACCACGCUCCAACCCAGCCACACCACGACGGCAGGCAAAGUAUGCAACCUGUAGUGAGAAUCACGGGAUCCGUCCUCCAGCGCCUGAGCAGUAUCUCACCCCACUGCAGCAGAAAGAAGUGUGUAUUCGCCACUUACGAGCACGGCUAAAGGAAAAUGUGGAGAGGCUCCAGGAUCGAGACUCUGAGAUCGAGGAGUUGCGGAUGCAGCUGACUCGGAUGCAGGAGGAUUGGAUCGAGGAGGAAUGUCAUCGCAUAGAGGCCCAGCUGGCCCUAAAAGAGGCCCGGAAGGAGAUCCGGCAGCUUCAGCAUGCUGUGGAAACCGUUAGGACCAAUCUUGGGGCCCAUGAGGCAGAUCAACAGGACUGUAAGUCUGAGGGUCUAGGUGUCGGCAGGAUAGGCCCACGAUUUGGGGCAUCCAGGUCUUGCGGCUGCUCUCCAGCCCACACAAUGAGUCGCAGCGCCACCUUCACAAGGCUGAGCAGUGAUAUGUCACCUGGCGCUACAGAUCGCAACGGAAACGUACGCUCUGAUCGCUACAUUCCCGCCAAUAGAGGUGCGAUGACGUUACCAAGAGGCGAUGGACGUACUCAUCUACUUCUAGAAGCUGCGCUGCUGUCUGAGCAAGUCCCACACACAACGCUAUGCUCCACAUUAUCGCGAUCCUCCACCUGCGAGAGAUUGUGCAGUGGAGAGACGAUGUUGCCCGUUAGCCGAUCCUGCCAUGCUGUUAACAACAACUGCAGCUGUGCUCCGCAUACCUACCUCCCACACCACCAUUUGUUUUUGCACCUCCCACAGGAGGACGCACCACCUCCUCCUCCGCCUCCUCCACCACCACCAGCAGCGGCAACAGUGCCCUCUAGUGCAUCUGAGGUCAGUGACAGGCCAGGGUACCGUUCACAGGCUUGCAGCCCCACCAUAACCUGGAUUUCCGAAGAGGGUGGAGGUGAGGAAUUAAGCGUAAUCACUUCAGCAACUUGCGCGCCAGACGUCACUCUAGCAGAACCGCAGGUGUUUUCGCCAUCCUCUGCAACUACUUCUCCUGUUCAGAUGUCAUACGUCACAGAAACUUUGCCGCUAGACAGCACGGUUGAAUUUACGACAUCAACAACGACGCCAACAGUGUUGACGAAGCCACAGGUUCAACAACCUUGUCCUAGAGCGUCACCACCUCUCGAGCCACCGCCACAGGAAGCAGCGGUGGUAAAGGUCAGUGACGAAGAUGGAACUGGGGAGGAUGCAGAAUCAGCUCCCCCUCAGAGGAGCCACUGGAGCCGUUAUUUCCUGAUUGACCUCUUAGCAGUGGCCGUUCCUGUAGUUCCCACACUGGCGUGGUUUUGCCGGGGGUCACGGAAUGAAGGCAUGCCAGUGUACAACAUGGGCUCCCUGUUGCGCGGCUGCUGUGCUGUUGCGCUGCACUCUCUUAGACGGGUUGGCAGCGGCCGUGGCCGCGGUCCCUCGGGAACAGGAAGAGCGACUCCUAUCUAAUAAUUUUAGCAUUACCGUACCAUCAACUUUUAACUGGAUCUUGAGUGGACACUUUGUCCUUGAUCUCCCAGUAGGUAGUUUGUUUUUUGAACCAAGGAGGCCUAAAUCCGUCAGACCAGUCCUUGUUCGGGACAGAGGUCGAGGGAAUGUGGCCUGAAUUUGCACAGACACUCACAAGUUUCAAGGCUGUUGCUCAUUUCCACCAUUUGUUUUUCUUUUCCUUCUGGUUCUCUUAUCUGCUUCAUUUCCUCCCUUUCCUAACAGAGGCUCAGCAGGCAGUACACAGCCAAACGUAGCUACAAACAAACUGAGCAGAGAAGUCACAAUGUACAGAAGUUUAGGCCUUAAAAAGAAAUUUAUUAAUAAUAAACACCAUGAAAUAUCAUUCAUAGCAUUUCACAAUUGAGGCCACGUACCAGUCAAAAGUCUUUGAACAGUAACAUUUUUAAUGUUUUUUAAAAUAGUUUCUUCUACUCACCAAGCCUGCAUUUAUUUCAUCCGAAGCACAGCAAAAACAAUCCGGUACAAUUUUGAAAUAUUUUUACUAUUUAAAAUAACUGUUUUCUAUUUGAAUAUAUUUUAAAAUACAAUUUAUUCCUGUGAUUUUAAAGCUGAAUUUUUAGAAUCAUUACUCCAGUCACAUGAUCCUUCAGAAAUCAUUCUAAUAUUAUGAUUCACUGCUUAGCAAUUAUUUUUAUUAUUCAUGUUAAAAACAGCUGAGUAGGUGAAUAGAAAUUUCAGAAGAACAGCAUUUAUCUUAAAUGGAAAUCUUUUGUAACACUAUACAUGUAUAAUUCCAGAUGUCAAAUGUAACAUGUCUAAAUAAAAGUAUUAAUUUCUAUAAUUUUUCUAUACAUUUCUUUCCCCCUAAAAUUAUUCAGACUCCAAGCUUUUAUAUUUUAUAGUGCAGGGGUGGGGAACGUUGAUCCUCGAGGGCCGGCGUCCCUGCAGAGUUUAGCUCUGACCCUAAUCAAACAAACAGGUUGGUAUUGUUUUGGGGGGGGGUUGAAACUAAACUCUGCAGGGACGCCGGCCCUCCAGGAUCUAGGUUCCCCACCCCUGGUAUAGUGUAUAAUGUUACAGAAGCUUUUUAUUUCAGAUAAAUGCUUCAUCUUUAUAUUCAUCAAAGAAUCCUGAAAAAUUUAAUCAACUGUUUUAAAUUAUUAUUGACAUUAUUAUUAAUAAAAAAUGUUUCUUGAACAGCAAAUCAGCAUAUUAGAAUGAUUUCUGAAGGACACUGAGGACUGGAGUAAUGAUGCUGAAAAUGUAGUUUUGAUCACAGGAAUAAAUUACAUUUUAAAAUCUAUUCAGAUAGAAAGCAGUUAUUUUAAACAGUAAAAAUAUUUCACAAUAUUACAGCUUUUGUUGUAUUUUAAAACAAAUAAAUGCAGGCUUGGUGAGAAUUCUUUGAAAAAAUAUUAAAAAACUUCACAGUUAAAAAACUUUUGGCAGGUAGUGUAACUUUAGGUAGGUUACAUAGACAUUGUUGCAAAUUGUUUUUAAUGAGAAGAGGACAUUUCUGGUCAAUAGCGCAAACAAAUUAGCGGGGCUCAGCUUUCAGAUUUUAAACUUUUACAUACCUGUUUCUAAACAACCAUUGUGCCAGUCCAUCUCAUUUCAUAGAAACAUAGCUUUUCACAAUAUAGACCAAAAAAACAUUUGUUUAAAAGGGAAGAACAAUAUUAAACAUUAGCUGCACAAGAAGCAAUAGGCAUCCAGCAGCUUUGCUGUUUGGAUUUCUUAAAAACAUGCUUCAGUCAUUAGUACAUGCAGUAACAGAAUUAAAACAUUAAAAAUGUCUUCACUAAUGUGGAGUGUUUUAUGAAUCGCUAUUCUGAUGUCAUUCUAGUCUUUUCUACUGAAGUUGUUACUUUUAUCAUUUACACACACGUGUAUUCUUAAUGUGAGCAAACAGAAAUGGCUUUCCUGUGCUUUAUUUGCAUAAUAUUUAUGAAAUUCUUUGAAUUGUAGAUAAAAAUGCCAGAUUUCAUUGAUGAAGAAAUGUAAGGUGAUGAUAUAAAAUGACUUUAUUAGUCUGUCCUUUGGGUGGUAGAUUUUUCUGUUCUGUUUCUUUAAACUCACAGUCUCAGGUGGAACUCAGGUGUAUAGUACUAGAGAGGACUUAAACUUAGCCGAAACCCAUUUCAAAACAUUCAUUUGUUAGAAAAACAAAGGAUUAUAUAUAUAUAUAUAUAUAUAUAUAGUAGAAUAAUAGUUGUGAAAUGUUUUGUCAUAUUAGGCUUGUUUUUAAUUAACACCACAAAACAAGGGUCUUUAACUGUUGCAUGCAGCCAGAUUUCAGUAAAUUCUAUCAGUGGAAAAUACUUGCAAUUAAUAAAUGCAUUUGUGAAGUAAAUUCUUCUGUUUCUCUGAAGUAGCACAACAGAAAAAAAAUCUGAAUAAUCAUGGAGCUCCAGUAGAUUAUUUUAAGGGCUUAGAAUGCAUGUUAGCACAACAAUUCCUUGUAGUUAAUUAUCAGUGAACUUAGAUUCUGUUGCAAAUAUACAUUUGCAUAAACUCAUGCUGAUUUGAAGAGCUUCCCUGCAAAAUAUGACUGUGUAUGUAGACAGAGCCCAUCAACAAUCAACUCUAAUUGUAAAUUUGGAUUGUUUGAUUCAGUCACCCCUCGAAAAUAAAAGUGUUUCA